UGGUCAAAUUUUGUCUUUAUUUUUUUUCUUUCUUUCCUCAAGGAGUGGAAAACUGGAAAGCGGAAGGCAGAGAAAGAUGAAACUGUAGGAGUCCUGAUCUUUUCUACAAUGGAACCAGAGGCUCCUGACUUGGAUAUGGUAGAAAUAGAGCAGAAAUGUGAUGCAGUGGGUAGGUUCACCAAAGCAAUGGAUGAUGGAGUUAAAGAGCUGCUGACAGUGGGACAAGAGCACUGGAAGAGGUGUACAGGGCCACUACCCAAGGAAUACCAGAAGAUAGGAAAAGCAUUACAGAGCCUGGCACUGGUCUUCAGCACUAGUGGAUACCAAGGAGAAUCUGAUCUCAAUGGAGCAAUAACAGAAGCAGGAAAAACCUAUGAAGAAAUCGCCACUCUUGUAGCAGAUCAGCCGAAGAAAGAUCUUCACUUUUUGAUGGAAACAAAUCAUGAAUAUAAGGGUUUUCUUGGCUGCUUCCCUGACAUCAUAGGAGCUCAUAAGGGAGCAAUAGAAAGAGUGAAGGAAAGUGAUAAAUUAGUUGCAACCAGUAAAAUAACGCCACAAGACAAACAGAACAUGGUGAAACGUGUGAGCACCAUGGCUUACGCACUACAAGCUGAGAUGAAUCACUUCCACAGUAACCGGAUUUAUGACUACAACAGUGUCAUUCGUCUGUAUCUGGAGCAGCAGGCACAGUUUUAUGAAACGAUUGCACAGAAGCUGAGGCAGGCACUCAGCCGCUUUCCUGUGAUGUAGAGAAUAAGGAGUAACCAACCAUCAAGAACAACUCCGAAGUGCUUUUCUGAUUUGGGGGCAAUGCUAAUAAAAACUUGUUAGCCUUUGCCAGCCAAAAAA